AUGGUUUCAAAGCAGGAAUAUUAUUUUGGUUUUGAUUUGUAUCAGAUUAUUUUACGCAUUAUCUUCAUCCCAUUAAUAAAACGUUAUUUUAAUGGAAUUAUAAGAAACGCACCGGAAUCAUUAUCAGUAUUUUUACCUGACGCAAAUUGUAAAUUGCACUUUGGUAAUAGCGAUGAAUCAGCAAUUCGAUCAAACAAAUCCGAUGACAUAUUACCAGUUACAUUAUUCAUUUAUAAACCAAUCAAUUUUUGCUUCCGAAUUCUUUUGGAUCCAAAAAUUGGCCUUGGAGAAGCAUAUAUGUUUGAGGAUUGGAGUGUACAAUCAAGAAUACAGGAUUUCUUGACAUUACUUAUUCGUGCAAAACGUUAUAGUAAUUCAGCAAAAAAAUUGAGACAAAAUAAUGGCUGGUUGAAAAAGCUGUUCAAUUUACUGAUUUAUUUAACUGUUCGAUUAAUUCGAUCAGUAAUAUCAUUUAUUAAUCUAAUGCAACAUUACUAUCAUGCAAAUUCAUUAAACGGUAGCGCAAAAAACAUUCGUGAUCAUUAUGAUCUUGGAAACGAUAUGUUUAGCUUAUUCCUUGAUCCAUCGAUGACUUAUUCGUGUGCAAUCUUUCAAACAAUUCCACCUUAUACGAUCACACAUUCUGAUAGUAAACUGCUUGAAGAAGCUCAAAUGAGAAAAUAUGAUCAAAUAUUUCGCGAAAUAAAUGUUACAUCUGAUGAUCGAAUAUUAGAAAUUGGUUGUGGUUGGGGUGCUUGUGCUAUACGUGCUGUCAAAUAUUUCGGAUGCAAAUGGACAGGCUUGACAAUUUCCACGGAGCAAUUUAAAAUUGCACAGCAAAUGGUAAACGAUAAUGAAUUACAGGAUAAAGUUAACAUCAAAUUACUAGAUUAUCGAUUGGAAAAUGAUAUUUAUGAUAAAAUUAUUGCGAUUGAAAUGAUUGAAGCAGUUGGACAUGAAUACUUACCACAGUUUUUUGAAAUUUUGAGUGCUCGAUUGCGUCCUGGUGGUAAGGCAUAUUUACAGGCAAUAAUAUGUCCUGAAAUAAACUAUGAACGAUAUUGUCGAUCAAGUGAUUUUAUCAAGAAAUAUAUAUUUCCCGGUGGACAUAUGCCAUCUGAGCGAGCGAUUAGAGAAGCAUUACCGCCUGAAUUAUCAAUUACAAAAACAACCCAUAUUGGGCAGCAUUAUGCGCCAACUUUAGAUUUAUGGUAUUGCGCAUGGAUCGAAAAUGAAGAAGAAAUUCUGAAACUUGGAUAUUCUCGAAGAUUUCAUCGUAAAUGGCAGUUUUAUUUUGCAUUGUGUUCAACGCUAUUUAAAUAUUCUCACAUUCAUACCGUGCAAAUAAUUAUCGAAAAAUCCUUAUAA